UUAAAUGUGAUUCAUCUUUCUAUCUUUCAUUUUACGUUUUUACGCUAUUUGCAAUCCUCCUUAUCGUCGAUAUUGUGUCACCUAUUUGUUAUUAGGUUUUUAUAUUUUUACCGAUUUUAUUAUCAUGAUCUCUGUUGGUUUCAUUCUGAGCUAAAAUCAAUAAGAGGAGUAAGAAAAGAGAUGUAUACGUCUAUGUGCGAUAUGAUGUGAUAAUCGCCAUUAGUCCUUUGGUUUUUGACAUUUUUGCUGUGCUAUUGAUAAAUAAUUGCAUUACGUCCUAAUUAAUACGUUAAAAUGUUCAAUAAGAAGAAGGAACCGAGACAUCCUAGAUCAUUUGAUGGUUUAGAACAGUAUGGCAUUUUUGAAGUACCUGAUAUAAAUUUGGCCAAUAUUAAUGAUAACACAAUUAAAGAUGAUGACGACAAUGAUGAGAGUUUAGAAGCUGAAUUAGCUGCUUUGGCAGCGGGUAAUGAUACAAGUUAUAGAAGCAAACGCACUAUUAUUGUAGAUGAAAAAAUAUUGCCACUAGUUGAAGAUAGUGAAGCAAUUGCAACAUCAAAUAUAGUUGUAAAUGAUGAAAAUCCUUCGGAACCAAUAGCAGAUGUCUUAAUUGAUCAAGAAGCUUUAGAUAAAUUAAAACAACAACAACAAAAAUAUAAAACUGCAGCAGUUGCUUGGAAAAGAGCAGGCAAUAAAGAGCAAGCAUUAGAAUAUGUGAAAACUGUAAAACAAUUUGAUAUAGUUAUUGCCGCAGUUGCCGCAGGUGAAAAGCUUGAUUUAUCGGAUAUGCCACCUACUCCAAUUUUACCCUCUCCAAAUAAUAAUGUAACACAAACUGUAAAAGAAGAAAAUGAAGUUCAGCAACAAGCUACAGCCGAUCCAACUCCAUCAAAGUAUGGUCCCGAAAACAUUGAAGGCGCUCUUAAGGAACGUCUCGAAAUAUAUAGAAGAACACAAGUAGCUGCCGAAGAUGAGGGUAAUACAUCUAAAGCACGAAGAUAUGGUAGAAUUUGCAAACAAUUUGAAGAUGCUAUUAAGUUAUACAAACAUGGAAAAGUAGUACCUUUGGAUGAACUUCCCGUUCCACCUGGUUUGCCACCAUUAUCGCUCAAUUCACAAAAUAACGAUAUCUCCACGCAACCUACAUCUAAAUCUGAGUCAUCUGAGGAUAAUACUGUAAUAAAACCUGUGCAACCAAAAAUACCUGUUCCUCCUAAAAUAGGACCGAAACCAAAUCAGAGGAUUACAUCGCGUGCAGAAAAACAAAUGCUACAAUUGCAACUACGACAGCGUGAAUUAAAACAAGCUGCUUUAAAUGCAAAGAAAGAUGGAAAUAUGAAUUUAGCGCUUGAAUAUCUAAAACAAGCGAAAGGGAUACAACCUUUAAUAGAAGCUAGCAAAGCUGGCUUACCUGUCGAUAUGACCUCGAUCCCAUUGUCGCCUCUUGAAAAAGUAGAACUCAAUACAUUACAGAAGGAUGAAAAUUUCGUAAUGGUGUCUUCCGAAGAUUUUUUGGGAAGCGAAACAGACGAUAAAAUUUAUGAAAAUCUUGAAACCCAAUUAUUUAAACAAAUCAAAUGGUGUUUGUCUACACGGGAUCAUUCAAAAGCGCUAGGAGAUGUUCCUGGAUAUAAUAGAUGGGAACGGCUUGCAUUAAAUUAUACAAGAGAUUUAGAUAUGUUAAGAGUUCGAAAACGUGACUCUCUGCCACCUCCACAACACCAUUAUGAAACAAAAACCUAUCAAAUAGUACAGAGUUGCACAGAUUUAAACGAUAGUGAUAUAGAAAUUUCUAUAAUCAGAGGAAUCAAUUAUUCACGAGAAGCUGAUACAUAUGUAAUGUUUGAAUUUCCUUUUCCAUUGGAUAAUCAUCCUGUGGAUAGAACGUCAACAAUCAAAGAGUCUGCCAAUCCUGAAUACCAAGCUGUAUUUCCGUUGAAUGGAAUUAUAAAUCGUACCUCUAGACAAUGUCAGAGAGCAUUCAAACGACAUGCUUUAAAGUGUGAAGUUUGGGCAAAAGGAUGCUCGCUGAAUCCUAUCCUAUGUUGCACUCAUCCCAGAGGUUUCUUCCGAAGUGACAGUCUGCUUGGUACAGUAAUGAUUAAAUUACAGCCCCUAGAGUCUCAAUGUAUUCUACAUGAUUCUUUUCCACUUAUGGAUGGCAGAAAAGCAACAGGAGGGAAACUGGAGUUAAAAAUCCGUCUCAGAAAUCCAAUUCUUUUUAAGCAAGUCGAGAAUAUCACGGAUAAAUGGCUAACUAUUGAUCAAUAACCUAAUUUAUUAAUUUCAUAAAAAUCUAUUUUUAAUUUACUAUUGAUUAUAUUGUAAAGUUUAAAGCAAAACUAAUACAUCGAAAAUGGAAUAU